UUGGCGGGUUUGGCCAUGGCCGCUGCCCGACCUGCACGGGGGCCCGAGCUGCCUUUCCUGGGGCUGCUGCUGCUGGUGCUGGGCGUCCCGGGCCGGGGGGCGGCCUUGAGCGGGAACGCUACAGGGCCUGGGCCUCGGGGCGCCGGCGGGAGCGCCAGGAGGAGCGCGGCGGGGACCGGCCCUCCGCCGCUGCUGAGCCACUGUGGCCGGGCCGCCCCCUGCGAGCCGCUGCGCUACAACGUGUGCCUGGGCUCGGCGCUGCCCUACGGCGCCACCUCCACGCUGCUGGCUGGAGACUCCGACUCCCAGGAAGAAGCUCAUGGCAAGCUCGUGCUCUGGUCCGGCCUCCGGAAUGCCCCCCGCUGCUGGGCAGUGAUCCAGCCCCUGCUGUGUGCUGUAUACAUGCCCAAGUGCGAAAAUGACCGGGUGGAGCUCCCCAGCCGAACCCUCUGCCAGGCCACACGAGGCCCCUGUGCCAUUGUGGAGCGGGAGCGGGGCUGGCCUGACUUCCUGCGCUGUACCCCCGACCACUUCCCUGAAGGCUGCCCGAAUGAGGUGCAGAACAUCAAGUUCAACAGCUCAGGGCAGUGUGAAGCGCCCUUGGUGCGGACCGACAACCCCAAGAGCUGGUAUGAGGAUGUGGAGGGCUGCGGGAUCCAGUGCCAGAACCCGCUGUUCACAGAGGCAGAGCACCAGGACAUGCACAGCUACAUUGCCACCUUUGGUGCCGUCACGGGCCUCUGCACGCUCUUCACCCUGGCCACCUUCGUGGCUGAUUGGCGGAACUCUAAUCGCUACCCCGCAGUUAUUCUCUUCUACGUCAAUGCGUGUUUCUUCGUGGGCAGCAUUGGCUGGCUGGCCCAAUUCAUGGAUGGUGCCCGCCGAGAGAUCGUGUGCCGAGCCGAUGGCACCAUGAGGCUUGGGGAGCCCACCUCCAAUGAGACCCUGUCCUGUGUCAUCAUCUUUGUCAUCGUAUACUAUGCCCUGAUGGCUGGCGUGGUCUGGUUUGUGGUCCUCACCUAUGCCUGGCAUACCUCCUUCAAAGCCCUGGGCACCACCUACCAGCCUCUCUCAGGCAAGACCUCCUACUUUCACCUGCUCACGUGGUCGCUCCCCUUCGUCCUCACUGUGGCAAUCCUCGCCGUGGCCCAGGUGGAUGGGGACUCCGUGAGUGGCAUCUGUUUUGUGGGCUACAAGAACUACCGAUACCGUGCUGGCUUUGUACUGGCCCCAAUUGGCCUGGUGCUUAUCGUGGGGGGCUACUUCCUCAUCCAAGGAGUCAUGACUCUCUUCUCCAUCAAGAGCAACCACCCGGGGCUGCUGAGCGAGAAGGCUGCCAGCAAAAUCAAUGAGACCAUGCUGCGCCUGGGCAUUUUUGGCUUCUUGGCCUUUGGCUUUGUGCUGAUUACCUUCAGCUGCCAUUUUUAUGACUUCUUCAACCAGGCUGAGUGGGAGCGCAGUUUCCGGGACUACGUACUAUGCCAGGCCAAUGUGACCAUUGGGCUGCCCACCAAGAAGCCCAUCCCUGACUGUGAGAUCAAGAAUCGCCCAAGCCUUCUAGUAGAGAAGAUCAACCUGUUUGCCAUGUUUGGAACUGGCAUUGCCAUGAGCACCUGGGUUUGGACUAAAGCCACUCUGCUCAUCUGGAGGCGCACCUGGUGCAGGCUGACUGGGCAGAGUGAUGAUGAGCCCAAAAGAAUCAAGAAGAGCAAGAUGAUUGCCAAGGCCUUCUCCAAGCGGCGUGAGCUACUACAGAACCCAGGCCAGGAGCUCUCCUUUAGCAUGCACACGGUCUCCCAUGAUGGGCCUGUGGCGGGUUUGGCUUUUGACCUCAAUGAGCCCUCUGCCGAUGUCUCCUCUGCCUGGGCCCAGCAUGUCACCAAGAUGGUGGCUCGGAGAGGAGCCAUAUUGCCCCAGGAUGUGUCUGUCACCCCAGUGGCAACUCCAGUGCCAGCAGAGGAACAAGCCAACCUGUGGCUGGUUGAGGCAGAGAUCUCCCCAGAGCUAGAGAAGCGCCUGGGCCGGAAGAAGAAGCGGAGAAAGAGGAAAAAGGAAGUGUGCCCCCUGGGGGCAGCCCCUGAUCUUCACCAUGCUGCCCCCGCCCUUGCUCCUGCCACCAGUGCAGUUCCUCGGCUGCCUCAGCUGCCCCAGCAGAAGUGCCUAGUGGCUGCGGGUGCCUGGGGAGCUGGAGAACCCUGCUGCCAGGGAGCCUGGACCCUGGUCUCUAACCCCUUCUGCCCAGAGCCCAGUCCCCAUCAGGACCCAUUUCUCUCCAGCGCCCCAGCCCCCAUGGCCUGGGCUCAUGGACGCCGCCAAGGACUGGGGCCCAUUCACUCUCGCACCAACCUGAUGGAAGCAGAGCUCAUGGACGCAGACUCAGACUUCUGAGCCUGCAGAGCAAGGACCUGGGAUAGGAAAGAGGAACAAAUACCACCGAGGCUCUUCUCUGAGUGCAUCUGUGGGAUCUUGUCUUCCACAGAACGCAUGGGUCCUCCCCUGUGAGUUCUAUGUGUCCAGCUCAAAGCAGCAGGACUGUGGGAAAGGGCUGAGUGUCUCCAUGGGUGACCUCACCCAGGGGUAGGGCCCUAGAGCUCAGAGUCCUCAUUUCUGCCCCACCAGCUACAGUCUGGCUGGCAGCAUUAGUCUCCAGCAGAGCUUAUGGUGGACAGUAAUGGCAGAGCCUCGGGUGACAGUACCCAGAGUGGGCUAUGGUAGCCAGGGAGAUAGCCAAGCCUGUGUCUGGCAGAUGAGGGAUUCUUGCCCUUUUCUCUGCCUAUGGGUACACUUUCCUGGUACUGUCAGACUAAAAGUGUUUAUUGUGUUCUUUGUCUAAAGUGGGGUAAGGGCUCCAGUUUCUCUCUUCCAGAUGGUUGUGAGGCCAGAAAUGCCUAUUCCUAUGGGGCUAUAAUCUGCCUGAACAGGAGGCACUACCCCCAAACCCCAUCUCACUGCCAAUCUCUUUCUGCUUCCUAUUUGUUGAUUGGGACCCAGAAUUACAGUACACACACACACACGCGCACACCCCUUGCCACUGAGUCCAUCUCCAGGUGAGAGAUUGGCUCAGCUCUAGAGCCUUGACCUGCAAGGGGUAGAAGCAAAGCAUAAGAGGUGCCUCCAGGCCCCUGAGAGACGUGUCAUCUCUGGAUCCUCUGACUAGAGGGGCUACCCCGAGAAGCUGCUGUAGCUACAGCCAGGAAGGAAAGAAAGCUUCUCUCAACUUCCACGACAGCAGAAGAGGCGAUUCCCACCUUUCAUGACCUUCAGCCAUAUCCCUAGCACCCCAUCCAUAUUCAAGAACCAGACAUCAGGAAGUCUUAGAAGCUGGUUGGUUUCCACAUCAGGGAUAGGGAUGGAAAGAAGAAAUAUAAACAGUAAAUAAAAGGUUUUUGUAUAAA